AUGACCUUGAACGUGACAGACAAUGUAGGCCACACAUGGACGUAUAAACGAAAUUGGAUAUUGAGAGUAUCCCAUCUUGCAACGUAAGGCGGAAAACCCUCAAGGUCAGUCUCUCACAUGAAAUGGACAGGCAAAGAUCUUUCGAAGUUCUGGACCUUGAGAGUGAUGAACUGAAGCAAGAGCUGGUUAUUGAAGCAAAACAAAUUGAGGAGUAUGAGACUGAGCGCAUUCAACUAUUGACAAAUGAAGUCAGUGCAGAGGAAAGCACCAACUCAUUCUCCGACUUAGUUCCGCAACAUGAAUCACCUAGCACAGAGCUUUUGGAGUCCGAUUGCUCAGAAAAUUCCCUUUCUACAUCAUCCGACUUCGUGAAACUCGACGUUGAUGAGGAGCAGACCGCUGUUACACAGUUUACUACAUCUCAUGACUUAGACAAGUCUCAGUCUUCUGCUUUGUCUUAUGAAACAAAAACAUCCAUUCUGUACCAUCAAUUAGAAGUUCAAUUUUCGAAAACUUUGCCUACAAUCAUAUCUGACCGAAUACAUUUUUACUUUCAUGAUUUCCUGUUGGCAAGCAUAUUAUUCAGUUUACUUCUAGGUCACAUGCUAUAUACUGAACAGUGUAAUAUUAAGCUGGUUAUUGAAGCAAAACAAAUUGAGGAGUAUGAGACUGAGCGCAUUCAACUAUUGACAAACGUUUCUCUUUUGUCAACUGAAAUUUCACGGAGAGACGCGGCCUAUCAAUAUCUGAAAAAUAAACAUAAACAGUUGAAAAAUGUGACACGUCAGUUGCAGCUAGAUGUCAUCGUUACGUACCGAUCAUGAAAAACCAAAUCCAUAUUGUUAACUGAAUUAUAAUUCUAUAUAUAUGAGGGAGAUGUAAAAGGGGAGAUUUAUUGCUCCAUGGAAAGACAAUAUGAAAUUACAGCUAAUUAUAUGGUUAUUUUACAUGACAAAUAGUUAACUAGUUUAAGAUUUAAAAACUACUUCAGGUGGAUAGCAUAUACUAAUAAAAAUGAACUAACCUUUCAUCUCCGUUAUGGUUAAAUGUCUUGUUUGCAGAUCACGUGGUAAACACUGAUUCAUAAUAUGUUUCCUCCCCUAAUAAAUUUCCACACCUUUCAUAUACUAUAGUACACUAUUCAGUGUUUCUAUUUUCUAAAUACUAAUUUCAUGCAAAUAAAUGAACAUUUUCAAUGUUGGCUAUUCUUUGCAGAUCUAUCUAUUGUAACAACUGAGUUACGUGAUCGAAAAUCAGCCUACGGUAAACUGAAGUCUGACUACAAAGUUAUGAAAAGAAAAAUGAAUGGGUUGACCAGUGAGUUACGGAAAUUGAAGAUCGCUCUUAUGGAUAUUAAACGAUCGUCUUUGUUCUUUCCUGGUGUUAGACUUAUCAAAGAUAUACUGUGUAGGAUUCUAAGUGUUUGUCCUGAUCUAGACGGAUGAUGUUGACAGUGAUACGUAUUUUUCAUUUACUGAAGAUAAACAGAAGAAAACAUAAUCAUCAUUGACAUCUUUCAAUCAUUUUCUGUUUAAACUUUGUUUCAAUUAUUUAUGGAUAUGUGACAUUAUUAUUAUUUUCAUCAUCGUGUAUAUUAUAUGCCCGUUUCUCUUACUAACUAGAUUUACUUGUAUUUCGUAUUUAUGCAUUUUAUUCAAAGAGUUUUUAAAGUCAUUUCUUUCGUUUGUUUUCGGUUAAUUUACCUUCGCUUUGUUGUUGCAUUCUACAGUUUGAACAAAAGGUCAUCAAAAUUAUUUAAAAAAUUUUCCUUUUCUCUCUGGCACUAUCUUUUUUCUGUUCAUUAGUGUGCAGGCGAAAAAGAUAACUAACAAGCAAUAACUAUUCUGUAAGAACAGAUAAAAUAUUAUUUAAAAAAUGAAAAUCUGCGUUGUAGACACCAGGCAGGUGGCCUCCAGAUUACUACUAGUCCAUUACUUGCUGUAACAGCUCUGUUA